GCCACAGCCCAGCGGCGGCCAUUCGUGGAAAAAUAGGCCGUCCCGCUCCUCCCAGCUCCGGCUGCGACCGGCCUUCUCCCCGCUACCCCCACCCCACCCUCCGCCUCCUCCUCUUUCUCCUCCCCCCCAGAGCGGCGCCUCAGCGGGGCAUUAAUGCGGGAUGAGCGAUCAAAAGAAGGAGGAAGCUAUGCCCACAGAGGGAGAGAAAUCUCCUGAGGCAGAGAACAACAAUAAUAAAAAAAAUAAAACUGGAGGCUCACAGGAUUCUCAACCUUCACCUCUGGCGUUGCUGGCAGCCACUUGCAGCAAAAUAGGAACUCCUGGUGAGAAUCAAUCAACUGGACAACAGCAGAUUAUUAUAGAUCCAAGCCAGGGUUUGGUGCAGCUUCAAAAUCAACCACAACAGUUAGAAUUAGUUACAACUCAACUUGCUGGAAAUGCGUGGCAGCUUGUUGCUGCUGCUCCUCCUGCUUCAAAAGAAAAUAAUGUUGCUCAACAAGGAUCUUCUAUUGCUUCAAGCACAGCAAGUCCCUCCAGCAGCAACAAUGGGAAUACAUCUCCUUCAAAAACUAAAUCAGGUAAUUCUGCUACUAACCCUGGACAGUUUCAAGUAGUACAAGUACAGAAUCCAAGUGGUAGUGUCCAAUACCAAGUGAUCCCACAGAUUCAGACAACGGAAAGUCAGCAAAUUCAAAUCAAUCCUGCCAAUGCUACAGCUCUACAAGAUUUACAGGGUCAAAUUCAGCUCAUCCCUGCAGGGAAUAAUCAAGCUAUCCUCGCAACUGCAAAUAGGACCACUUCGGGGAAUAUUAUUGCUCAGAACCUGGGAAAUCAGACAGUUCCAGUGCAAAUUAGGCCUGGUGUUUCAAUACCACUGCAGCUGCAAACUAUUCCAGGUACUCAGGCUCAGGUUGUAACAACCUUGCCUAUAAACAUUGGAGGAGUAACUCUAGCAUUGCCUGUGAUAAACAACGUGGCAGCAGGAGGCGGUUCUGGACAGGUUGGCCAGACUGCUGAUAGUGGAGUUUCCAAUGGGAAUCAGGUAGUAACCACGCCUGUCACCACUGCUUCUGUUAGUACUAUGCCAGAAUCCCCUUCCUCUUCUUCCAUUUGUACAACCACUGCCUCAACAUCUCUGACUAGCAGUGACACUUUAGUAAGCUCGGCAGAGGCAGGCCAGUAUGCAAGCACAGCAGGCAGCAGUUCAGAGCAUACUCCUGAAGAACCUCAAACAACUGCCACAGAAUCAGAAGCCCAGAGCUCCAAUCAGCUUCAGCCUAAUGGACUACAAAACGUGCAGGAUCAGUCAAGUUCACUUCAACAGGUGCAAAUUGUAGGUCAGCCUAUUCUACAGCAAAUACAGAUUCAACAGCCGCAACAGCAGAUUAUUCAAGCCAUUUCUCCACAGUCGUUUCAGCUCCAGUCAGGGCAAACUAUUCAGACCAUCCAACAACAGCCUUUGCAAAAUGUUCAGCUGCAAGCAGUGAGUCCAACUCAGGUACUCAUCAGGGCUCCAACUUUAACACCAUCCGGGCAGAUUAGCUGGCAAACUGUGCAGGUUCAGAAUCUUCAAAGCCUUUCAAAUUUGCAAGUUCAGAACGCUGGGUUACCCCAGCAACUAACCAUCACCCCAGUGUCUUCAAGUGGGGGCGCAACUAUUGCCCAGAUUGCGCCAAUGGCUGUUGCUGGUACCCCAAUCACACUGAAUGCUGCCCAGCUUGCUUCAGUGCCUAACCUCCAAACAGUAAGUGUUGCCAGCCUCAGUGCAGCGGGUGUUCAAGUUCAAGGAGUUCCAGUUACCAUUACCAGUGUUGCAGGUCAACAGCAAGGACAGGAUGGAGGCAUGAAAGUACAGCAAGCCACAAUAGCUCCUGUAACUGUAGCCGUAGGAGGUAUUGCUAAUGCAGCAAUUGGUGCUGUUAGUCCUGAUCAGAUCACACAAGUGCAGUUACAACAAGCCCAGCAAGCUUCUGACCAGGAAAUACAGCCUGGCAAGAGGUUAAGAAGAGUUGCCUGCUCGUGUCCUAAUUGUAGAGAAGGAGAAGGAAGAGGCAGCAGUGAGCCAGGAAAAAAGAAGCAGCAUAUCUGCCAUAUCGAAGGAUGUGGAAAAGUUUAUGGGAAAACAUCUCAUCUCCGGGCACACCUUCGUUGGCAUACUGGAGAAAGACCAUUUGUAUGCAACUGGAUGUUUUGUGGCAAAAGAUUUACACGGAGUGAUGAGCUGCAAAGACAUAGAAGAACCCACACAGGUGAAAAAAGAUUUGAGUGCCCCGAAUGUUCUAAGAGGUUUAUGCGGAGUGACCAUCUCUCCAAACAUGUCAAAACUCAUCAGAACAAGAAAGGUGGUGGAACAGCCCUUGCUAUUGUUACUUCAGGAGAACUGGACUCUUCAGUUACUGAGGUUCUUGGCUCUCCAAGAAUUGUCACAGUUGCAGCCAUUUCUCAAGAUUCAAACCCAGCAACCCCUAAUGUUUCAACAAACAUAGAAGAAUUCUGAAAGGAUCAUUUAUACGGACACCUAGUGCUGCACUUAAGUUUACAUACCUUUCAUGAUAUGGAAGUGGGCUGGUAAAGUGGAUUACAGAGCAGGAAAUCAUGUUUUCAGUCUUGACUUCUGUAAGUAUUCCAAGUUGGAGGGUCAGGAUGAGAAGUGUACACUGGUGCA